AUGACAACGUCCGUAGCUUAUUCAUCAUUUGUUCAACAAAUGUUAACACGAUAUGGUAUGAGUACAUAUGUUGUAUUUGGCAAUCUUGGUAAUUUAUUGGUUAUUGCGGUUUUUUGUCAAUCUGAACAACGUAAAAAUGCUUGUUCACUUUAUGUAUUAUCGAUGGCAAUAUGCAAUUUACUUUGUCUUGAUGUUGCAAUAAUUCCAAUAAUAUAUUCAUUAGAUCAUAUUGAUAUAACUAUUGCAUCUCUAAUUGGUUGUCAAAUGCAAUUUUAUUUUCGACAUGUCUUUUUUCAAAUGAUGCGUACAUAUAAAGUUCUUUCAUGUAUUGCUCGUUAUACUAUUUGUAGUACUAAUGUUCGCUAUCGUUCUUUUAGUCAACGUAAAGUGGCUAUUUAUCUAAUAAUAGGUUUUGCUUUAUUUUGGUCACUAGCAGUAAUCUUUUUUGCUUGGGCAAGAACAAUUCAAAAUGAUUCAUGUGACAUAUAUAAUCAAAUUUAUUCAAUGAUUUAUACAAUUUAUUAUAUGAUAUUUGCUGGAAUUCUUCCUCCUUUAUUGAUGAUUAUAUUUAGCGUAUUAGUUAUGAAAACUCUAGGAAAAUUGCGAAGUCGUGUUCAACCAAAAAGUGAAGAUCGAGAAUAUAAACAAUCGACUAAUAUACUUCGAAAACGUGAUCGAAAUUUAAUGAAAAUGAUUUUUAUUGAAGUUAUGUUUUAUGUUAUUAGUACAAUACCAUUUUCCAUUUAUCUUAUUUAUAAAAUAACAACGAAUUUUUCAACACAAAAUCAAGAACGAAAACAAUUUGAAUCAUUUAUUGGUUAUAUAGUACAAUAUUUUAUCUUGUAUAUUAAUACAGUUUUACCAUUUUAUAUUUAUGUUUCAACAUCAUCUUCAUUUAGAACAGAAUUGAAAAAAGUUUUUAAUAAAUUUUAUACUUUCAUUAUGAGAAGACAAAUAAGAAAUGAACGAGAUGAUGUUCCUUGA